UCAGUGUCUGCCUUAUAUCUCACAGCUCAGCUGUGAUCCAGACUUCUUCCAGAGUGUGUGUACAUCCAUGUCUGUAAGAUCCAGAGAGGAGGCCCAGCAGCUGGAGUCUCUGCUGCAGCUCCUGGGGUUCCAGCUGCUGUUAACAGGAGAGUUACACAGGAAAAGCUGCUGGUCUGUGGGGAGAGUUCUCAAACUGUGUGGCUCUAAAGUGGAUCUCAUCCUCACACCCAGCAAGAUGUCUGCCAGAGGAGCCGCUCUCCUCUUUAGACACGCAACACAACUACACAGUCUGAGGCUUUCCAUCGACAUGUCCUUGCUCCUGUUUCAGUGGGUAAGAAGAGGCAGAGUGGUCUGUCCGCUGGCUGUUGAAGAGCUUUCUCUUCUGCCUAAGAAAGCCCGACCAUCACAGAGAGUAAUGUUGAGGGCUGUCAGUAGUUUGGCUUCCCUGCUGAGAUACUGGACAGUCGGACGGUUAGACCUGACUGAGACCUGCAUCCCUGCUCAGGGUCUCAUUACACUGCUGCUCCAUGAUGGUCCUCUAACAGUCAAACUGAGUGAAGAGAGCUUCCAGCAGGUUCUGUGUCUCCUCCAUGAAAUCCAGGACAAGGACUUGACGUUGUCCUUCUUGAGUAAGGUUGGUGGAGACCUGACCUCCUGCUGUCUGAACUGGGAGCUUCUUCACUAUCUGCUGCAGCAGUCGUCAGCUCAGACCAUCACUGUGAACCUGAGGAAGAACCUCUUCUUACAGGAGGAAACCACACGUCUGCUUCCCUUUCUGGACAGGAUUGUGUUUAAAAGGCCCAGUCCCAGCUUUGUGCUGAGCUCCAUCAGAGAGCUCUACAGAGCUCAUGACAGUCACGCUGUACCCAGUUUACUGAGGUCAUUUGGUCAUGUGAUCAACCUGAGCUGCAGAGAGCUGGACUCAGUGGACUGUGCUGCUCUGAUCUUCAUCCUCAAACACGGAGACGGAGUCAAACUGAACCUCCUGUGGACCUCCAUACCAGCAGAGGGAGUAGAGUCCAUCCUCUUCAUGCUGGACAAAGUUUCUCAUCUCAGUGUUGACAGGAAUCAGCUGCUGAGGUUCAUCCACUGCUGUGCUGCCUGUGACGUCCAGCAGGAGGCAGCGUCAGGCCUGCUGAGGACUCUGCAGCACAGCUUGGAUCUGUCCUGCUCCUCCUGUGUGGAGCUACCAGAGGAGGAUCAGCCUGAGCCUCUGAGUCUGACUGCUGAUGACUGCAGGGCCGUCUCCACCAUCAUGACACACAGCAGCCGGGACACACAGCUCGACCUGCGAGACUGUGAGGUGGAGGACAGCGUGCUGGACCUGCUGUUUCCUGUCCUCCACAGGGUCCGCCUGAGAGUCAGUAAAACUGUCCUCCUCCAGCUGCUGUCUCUGGUUCCUGUGAACAGUGAGAGGGACACAGUGAGGCGGGCGGUGUCCCUGUGUAGAGCCCUGGGUGGAGAGCUGGAUCUCAGUCACAGCACGCUGGAUCAGAGGGCCUGUGGGGCUUUGGUCCAGAUGCUGGACUCGUGUGAAGGGCUGACAGAGCUGGACCUCAGUCACUGUCAGCUCACUGACCAGCUGCUGCUCCCUCUCAUCACACGUCUGCACAAAGUCCAAGUCCUGGAUCUGAGUCACAAUCAGAUCACUGAUGCUUCGACUGAUGUGUUACUGCAGCUGCUCUCCAUCAACCCCUCCAUCGACUGUGUGCGACUCUACAGCAACAACAUCGUGCACAGAGCAGCCUUCAAGGAACACAAGCAGUUUGAGAUCUGGUGAAGCACUCGUCACCAUCAUCAUCAUCAUCAUCGUCAUCAUCAUCAGGGACCUGUGGUUUUAUGGUCUAGAAUGUUUUAUUUUGCUUUAUUGUAUUUCUUUAUUAUGUCAUUAUUAAAAAUAGUAUUUCUAUAGAGACGAGCGCAUCUCAGACUGUUUCUGAAAGUUCUGCAGAUUUUUGUUUUAUGGAGCUCUGAUUGAAGCUAUGCAACAGUCAUCCUAAUGUUUACACAUCAGAUUUAUUUAUCGUGAUUAAAUUAUUUUCAAAUAGUGAAAAAAUAAAGUGAUGCUGUAAUAGUUACUUUAAAGUUGUGAGUCAACUUUGUUAAUUUUUGGUAUUUUUGCAAUAACUGCACUGAUUUUGUACUUCAUGUGUGAGUCUAAACAUAAAGAUGUUGUAAUGAUUUUCACAGUAGUCAUGCAAUAACAUUGCAGUCAGGUGGCAUGACAAUAAAGAUACCAGUGAGGGUCAUUUCUUUAUUUUAAAUGAACUAAUGCCAGAAAUAAAGGUGUGAUGUAAAACAUGGUGCAUAUUUGGAUUGUAUGAAAUACAUGUGAAAAUCAAAUCAGUUUACAGACAUCAUUUUUAAUCAUGUAAAUGUACAAAAUCUGAUCUUGUCUGAAAAGACUUUAUAAAAAUGUAAAACUUUCUUUAAAAAUGGUGCACUAAAAUUUCACAUGACUCUUACAUUUUUUGAUAUAGGAAUCAUAAUUAUAUAACAACAAUGAGAGUGGUUUUAUUAUCACAUACAUAUUAAGAGACAGUAUGUCAUCACACAA